CCGACCCUGUCUGUCAUCGGAACGGUUUGACACGGGCCUUUUCUGUCCAUGGAUCUGGAUCCCUGGGCCAAACAAUGGCUGUCCAGCCGGGCAGAAAUACUAUUCCGCAGGACGUAACUGUUUUUCUGUAGAAGGUUCGUUGCCAGUCUUGGUAUGGAAACUUGAAAGGAAGCCGAGUUGAAGAGCGGUGGAGGAGACAAAAUUCACGGCAAACGGCCACCGGGAUACAUGCCGAGCUGACAUAAGCGAAAGUCCCCCGAGGAGUUUCUACCAUGUACCUACCUAUCUACCUACUUCAAGGUACUGUAUCUAGGUACCAUGGAUAGGUGCCUACAGGAUCGUGCGUGUGGGCAGAACAGCGCCUGGUGGCUCACGCCUACCCCCCUCAUUGAACAGGCGUUUCCUCCAGCAGGCAGUGGGGCUUUCGACACUGAGGGAAGCGGGAGCGAUAAACAAGAUAAGACACUGACAGUACAACAGACGAAAGAAGGGCGGGGCAAGUGGUCCGUGAGCGGAGCUUGGCGAGAGCGCGCACCUCGAGAAAGAAACAAUUCCUGUUGUUUCUAGGAAGGAAAAAAAAAAGAAAGAAAGAAGCCCGUCCAUGUACGGAUACACGACAUUUCGCUCCUAACGAAACACGACACCUUUACAGACACACACACACAUACACACACACACACAAACCACACGCAACCCCUCGCUGCCACCCUGACAGCCCAGAUCUCGUCUCGAGAGAGUUCAUGGCGUUGGCUCGCCUGUCCUCUGGGAAUUCGCUGUUCAGCUAGGUCGCCCGCCGCCGUGUAGAGGGCUCCGCCGACGCCACUACGUCAUGAAGUUUGCAAAGGAGCUCGAGCAGGAUCUCGUACCAGAAUGGCGCAUCAAGUACCUCAACUACAAGGCCGGCAAGAAGUACGUCAAGGCCGUUUCGCGCGCCAUCAACCGCGCCAACGGUAGCCCCCUCAACAACAACAAUAACAACAACAACAACGCCGCCAAGAUCGAGAAUCGCAUCACCUCAAGCUUCUUCCACGGCCACUCGCCCUUCCACUCUCAGAAACACGCUGCCCACUCCAAGGGCCCCAACCAGAACCAUCCCAAUGAGCGCACCUCGCUGCGCGACAGCCCGGCCCCGGUCGGCUCGGCCCGCCAGAAGCCCGUGACAACACCCGCACGAUCGAUCCCUGCCGCCGCCCAAAGCGACCGUCGAGGCAUGAACGAUGGCUCGUCCGACUUGCAAUACGGGAGCUUUGUUCAUACGCCGCCUCACCACGAGACCGGAACCCCCUUAGGCCGCAAGACCACCUUUGAGCUCCCCGGGCCGGCCAUGCGCGUGCCAUCCCAUCAGAACGACACCAGCCCACAGGCCGCCUCCAUGCAGGAAGAAGCGCCCACGGCACGCCAGGCCAUUCAGAGAAGCGCCUCCAUGAUCGCCGGUGCGCCUGUUGCGGCCGGCACACCCGCUGCCACCGACCACGAACGCACCCCGUCAUCGCUGCGACUGCCUCACCCGGCGACCAUCGGCUCCGGAUACAAUACCUCGCCGCGGGCUGGCCUCCGCCGACUCUUCUCCACCGCCUCGCCCCUGAACCGCGUCGGCACCAAUCCGGAAUAUGGUCUACAGGGCUUGGCCCUGGACGUUGUCAGGCAGAAAGAGAAGGAGUUCUUUGAGUUCCUCGACUCGGAGCUCCAAAAGGUAGAGGCCUUCUAUAAGCUGAAGGAGGAUCAGGCCGGCGAGCGUCUCGCCCUGCUCAAGGAACAGUUGCACGAGAUGAGGAACCGCCGCACCCAGGAGCUGCAUGCCCAGAAGCGCCAGGCCGAGAUCGACUUCUUGAACGGAAACCAAGGCGACCGCGACGGCCCCCAAAAGGGACCCCUCGGCUGGAUAGACCCCGUCAAGUCCAAGAUCUUCCGCCCUGGUCCCAACUCGCGCGCCCUCUCCAAGAUGGCGCAGACACCCGCCAUGCGCCCGGCCGAGGGCGGCGACGCGACCCGCGACUAUAUCCGCAGGCCCUACGAGCACGACGUGCCCUACCGCACCGCCAAGCGGAAGCUGAAGCUCGCGCUGCAAGAGUUCUACCGCGGCCUCGAGCUGCUCAAGUCCUAUGCCCUUCUCAACCGGACCGCUUUCCGAAAGCUGAACAAGAAGUACGACAAGGCCGUCAACGCCCGCCCCCAGUACCGUUACAUGAACGAAAAAGUCAACAAGUCAUGGUUCGUCAACAGCGACGCCGUCGACGGCCACAUCAAGGCCGUCGAAGACCUCUACGCCCGCUACUUCGAGCGCGGCAACCACAAGAUCGCCGCCGGCAAGCUGCGGAGCCUGAGCCGGCGGCCCGGCGACGAGUCCGGUAGCGCCUUUAGGUGCGGCAUCCUGCUGGGCACUGGCUUGGUCUUCGCCAUCCAGGGCACCGUCUUCGGCGCCCAGCUCCUCUUCGACGACGACCCCGAGGUGCGGUCGCGCACGGCCUACCUGCUGCAGAUCUACGGCGGCUACUUCCUGAUGCUCCUGCUGUUUUGCAUGUUCUGCGUCAACUGCGCCGUCUGGACGCGCAACAAGAUCAACUACCCCUUCAUCUUCGAGUUCGACACCCGCAAUAACCUCGACUGGCGGCAGCUGGCCGAGUUCCCCAGCCUCUUCACCUUCAUCUUCGGCGUCUUCAUCUGGCUCAACUUCAGUGAGUACGGCACCGACGAGGUAUACGAGUAUUACCCUGUCGCCCUCAUCGCCCUGUCGGCCUUUAUCAUCUUCCUGCCUGCGCCCAUCUUCAUGGCGAGGAGCCGGAAGUGGUUCGCAUACGCUCAUUGGCGCCUCCUGCUCGCUGGCCUAUAUCCCGUCGAGUUCAGGGACUUCUUCCUCGGCGAUAUCUACUGCUCCCUGACAUAUGCCAUGUGUAACAUUGAGCUGUUCUUCUGUAUAUACGCAAACGCCUGGGAGAACCCCGUCCAGUGCAACUCGAGCCACUCCCGCCUCCUCGGCUUCCUCGGUGCUCUGCCUCCGAUAUGGCGAUUCCUACAGUGCCUGCGCCGUUACAGGGACACAAGGAACAUCUUCCCCCAUCUGGUGAACGGCGGCAAGUACAUCAUGUCCAUCCUCGCUGCUAUGUCGCUCUCCAUGUACCGCAUCAACAACACCCACGGUCACCUGGCCAUGUUCAUCACCUUUUCCACCAUCAACGCCAUCUAUACGUCCAUCUGGGACCUUUUCAUGGACUUCUCCCUUUUGCAGCCGCACAGCCGCCACUGGCUCCUGCGCGACAUCACAGGCCUCAAGAAGCGCUGGCCGUACUACCUCGUCAUGGUCACCGACCCGGUCCUCCGCUUCGCCUGGAUCUUUUAUGCCAUCUUCACCCAUGAUACGCAGCACUCCACUAUUGUGUCGUUCCUCGUCGCCCUUGCCGAAGUCUCACGCCGCGGCAUGUGGACCCUCUUCCGUGUCGAGAACGAGCACUGCGCCAACGUCGCCCAGUAUAAGGCCUCGCGCGACGUGCCCCUGCCGUACCGCAUCGAGCCGCUCGUCUCGCAUCGCUCGCCCGAGAUGGCCGAGGGAGACGGCGGCGACGACGUCAAGGACUGCAAUAUCGCCGAGACGGCGAGCGACGCCAGGAAUGCCGCGUCGUCGGGAGCCACCACGACAGCCAGGCCGACGACGGCGACGGGCCAGGGGCUGGAUGAGGAGGGCGGCGCCGGCGCCGGCGGAACGCUGCGGCAGAGGAAGAUGGGAGCCAGCUUCACGGCUGUGCAACGCAGUUUCUCCAGGAUCAUCGCCGAGGCACACAGGCAGGAUUUUGAAAAGAAGAGGAAGCCCAUCGACGCCGACACGGAGCAGCUGGAGGAGGCCGGCGGCAUGGCCAGCGACGACGAUGACGACGACGACGACGAUGACGGAUCGGAAGACGGGCGAGACGAGGACGAGGAUGGGGAAGAAGGCCGGUCGGGCGGGUCGGCGGCGGACUCGAUGGAGAUCCGCGAGGCCGAGAGUCUGGUCCACGACCAUGGGGACCGCAGGCCGAUGCACCGGUAAUGGUAAUCUGUAGUAACUGUUCUUCCAACACCUGCACAAACGAACAAACGAAUAAACGAACAAACGGAAAUCAUGCACAUCUUGAACGUGUUCGAAAAUGAUGCGUGUCUAGUUUGUGCUAGUACAUACAUAAAUCUACAAAUCAGUCGUAAUUCGUACCUACUACGUCCACAUACAUCCACGAUACGCCGCGCUUGAACCACCAUCCGCUUGUAUUUACGCCCCCUUUCCAGUCUCCCCUUAAGAGUUUCUUUCGCUCUCUCAUCCCACACUCCACGACAC